GGUUAAAUAUGUCGUAAUGUUAUGACUUAUGACGUUAGUUUGUAAAUAUUGUUCAUAACCUACAAAAAAUGUAGAGGAUAGUGUUAGAUUAAUGGUAUUUUUUACAUUAUUGAGAUCAACUAAGUCUUUAUCUAUAGAAUAAUUUAAAUCAAAAAAAUCGAGAAUUUUCAUAUUAUGGCAAAACAAGGAAAAGUUAAUAGAAAAAUCAAGGGUUCCAGAGAUGUCACAAUUUAUGAUUUCGCGAAUUCAUCCCAAACUAAUGGUCGUCCCAAAAAAUCGGAAGUCAGUAUCACGAAUGUUGUUAAACAAGAAUUAGAAAUUAAAGAACACUGGUAUAGUGAUGAUGAGGAAGAAGAAGAUAGUGAAGAUACCUCUUUACAAUUAAAAAAAAAAGGAAAGAGUAAAAAGCAGAAAAACAUGGAAGCAAUUGGAUUAGAUUAUCCAGUUGAUAUAUGGUUUUUGAUAUCCGAAUAUAUAAGACCUGAAGAUGUAGGAUCGUUUGCUGCUAUAUGUCAGGCUUCUUAUGCUGUUAUACAAAGUGUGAAGUUUUGGAGAUCCUUGUACAAGAGAUAUUUUAAUAAGGAAUUCUUAACCAUAGAGUAUCAACCAGAAUGCCUGCUGAGGCAUUUUGGUCUUAGAACAGCAGUAGUGAAAGCUUUGUUUCUUAUGUAUCCCCCAUUCCAGAAAAGAGUACGACAAACACUAUUGGGAGUAAGCCAUCCUGAUGUUUUGAUAGGGAUGACCUGCGUUGGUCUGAUAUCAAAAACUGAGGGCAAAACUGGUAAUGAAAUCUUAUAUUAUUACUUUAAAUUCCGAAGGAGUAAUGCAGCCCCCGUUAAAACUCACAAAACUAAGGAACAAUCUGUAAUCGACUUAUUGAAUGAUAUCAAUGCUAAUCCAGAUGAAGACCACUGUAUACUUCUUGCAAUAUCAAAAGAGCAAAUAUCAUUUCCACCAAUCCUCGGCCAAACUUUGAACCAUGUGUCAGUGACAUUAUCCAAGGCAUUUUGCAAUAAUCGUUUACAGCUUGUAUUUGGAAAUGCAUUAGAUAAGUUUUGUUCAAACGAAAAUUCAUUCAAUGGAAAUUCUGUAGUUUUGGAUCCUGUGUCCAAUAUUUCAAUUCUAAAUUGGUGGCAUCCAAUGUACAUAAAAAAUAAUAAUAUACCAAGUCUUGAUGAAGAUUAAUAGGUUGAGACCACUCAAUAUACUUGUAAAUUCAUUAAAUGUAUUUUUUGAGAUUUAUAAACAAUGUUUUCAAACUAUAGAGUGUUCCAGUUCUUUUGGUGCUAGAAAAAUAUAUUUUAUAUGAUUAUUGAAAUACUAAAUAAACUAUAUAUUAAAAAAAAAUUGUUAUAAUUUUAAUUCAAUAAUUAUUGUUCAAAAAGGAAGUCUUUUGAAACAUUGCUAUCCAUAAGGUUUAAUAUUGGCAUCAAAAUUUGCUUUUUCCAGUUGGAAGAUACUCUUGUUUUCUUGCAUGUUAAUGAAGCAUUGUUAAAUUAAUUUAAUUUUCCUACACAAAAGAAUAUUGUGUUCAAUGAUCCGUUUUUCAAAGAAAAUGAAAUUUAGUUCUAAUCUUUUGUAAAUUCUUCAACCUGUGACAUUAUUUAGCCAUUCUCAUGUAAUGUGAUAAUGUUAUUGAUUAAUGAA